AUGGAGUCCGCCGCCGUUCUCCGCUCCUUCCAUUAUUCUGUCAGCACAAGUUCUUAUCUGAAAUCUGUACUUGAACGACCUGGCACAGUUACCAUGAAUAAUGCAGCCCUUUCGAACCAAAAUAAAUUGCCUUUCUAUGGUGGAAAGUACAUAUCAUUUACAAAUAAACGGGGCGCAAUACUUGUAACAUGUGUGAAGGCCUCUGAAAGCACUGUGACAUCAACAUCCAGUGGUGAUCCUAAUGGAGCUAUUUUGUCAGAUAGUCAUCAAAAUGGAUUUGUGGAGAAGAAUCCGUUGCAAGCAACAUUCCCCAAGGGUUUUGAGGCACUGCUCACAGAAGUCUGUGAGGAGACAAAAGUCGCAGAGCUGAAAGUUAAGUUUGGAGACUUUCAAAUGCAUGUGAAGAGGAAUAUUGCAACCGCACCAACUCCUGCACCAAUUGUUUCACCCACAUCUGCACCACCUGUACCAACUAAACCAAUGAAUGAAUCAUCUCCUGUUGCUUCUCUACCAUCACCACCAGAGUCUUCUGCAGAAAAGAUUAGCCCAUUUACUAAUGUUUCUUUGGAUAAGGCAAAAAAGUUGGCAGCACUAGAGGCUUCUGGAUCAAGUGGCUAUGUUAUAGUAUCAUCUCCACAGGUUGGUUCAUUCCGAAGGGCCAAGACUUUGAAAGGAAAGAAGCAACCUCCUGCUUGUAAAGAGGGUGAUGUUAUCAAAGAGGGACAAAUAGUAGGCUUUUUGGAUCAGUUUGGCACAGAACUUCCAGUCAGAUCAGAUGUGUCUGGAGAAGUCUUGAAGCUCCUUUAUGACGAUGGUGAAGCUGUUGGUUAUGGAGAUCCCUUGGUAGCUGUCUUGCCGGCAUUUCAUGGUAUCAAAUAA